AUGGGUCACCUCCAUGGGCCCUCCAAUGGCACAAGUCCCACCAACCAUCAGUGGCUCAUGCUGCUCCCCGGCCAUCUCCAGUUGGAAACAGGUCUUUCACCCAAGUUUCAGACAUUACCUUGUCUCGUUCUCCCCUCACCAGUCUCUCCUCAACAGUCUCUCACAGACAUCUGUCUCCCCUCACCAGUCUCUCACAGAUACCUGUCUCCCCUCACCAGUCUCUCACAGACAUCUGUCUCCCCUCACCAGUCUCUCACAGACAUCUGUCUCCCCUCACCAGUCUCUCACAGAUACCUGUCUCUCCUCACCAGUCUCUCACAGAUAGCUGUCUCCCCUCAACAGUCUCUCACAGACAUCUGUCUCCCCUCACCAGUCUCUCACAGACAUCUGUCUCCCCUCACCAGUCUCUCACAGAUACCUGUCUCCCCUCACCAGUCUCUUACAGACAUCUGUCUCCCCCUCACCACUCUCACAGACAUCUGUCUCCCCUCACCAGUCUCUCACAGACAUCUGUCUCUCCUCACCAGUCUCUCACAGACAUCUGUCUCCCCUCACCAGUCUCUCACAGAUACCUGUCUCCCCUCACCACUCUCACAGACAUCUGUCUCCCCUCACCAGUCUCUCACAGAUACCUGUCUCCCCUCACCAGUCUCUCACAGACAGCUGUCUCCCCUCACCAGUCUCUCACAGAUACCUGUCUCCCCUCACCAGUCUCUCACAGACAUCUGUCUCUCCUCACCAGACUCUCACAGACAUCUGUCUCCCCUCACCAGUCUCUCACAGAUACCUGUCUCUACUCACCAGUCUCUCACAGACAUCUUCUCUCACAGAUACCUGUCUCUCCUCACCAGUCUCUCACAGACAUCUGUCUCCCCUCACCAGUCUCUCACAGACAUCUGUCUCCCCUCACCAGUCUCUCACAGACAUCUGUCUCCCCUCACCAGUCUCUCACAGACAUCUGUCUCCCCUCACCAGUCUCUCACAGACAUCUGUCUCCCCUCACCAGUCUCUCUCACAGACACCUGUCUCUCACAGACAUCUGUCUCCCCUCACCAGUCUCUCACAGACAGCUGUCUCUCCUCACCAGUCUCUCACAGACAUCUGUCUCCCCUCACCAGUCUCUCACAGAUACCUGUCUCUCCUCACCAGUCUCUCACAGACAUCUGUCUCCCCUCAACAGUCUCUCACAGAUACCUGUCUCCCCUCAACAGUCUCUCACAGACAUCUGUCUCCCCUCACCAGUCUCUCACAGAUACCUGUCUCCCCUCAACAGUCUCUCACAGACAUCUGUCUCCCCUCACCAGUCUCUCACAGACAUCUGUCUCUCCUCACCAGUCUCACACAGACAUCUGUCUCUCCUCACCAGUCUCUAACAGACAUCUGUCUCCCCUCACCAGUCUCUCACAGACAUCUGUCUCUCCUCACCAGUCUCUCACAGACAUCUGUCUCCCCUCACUAGUCUCUCACAGACAUCUGUCUCCCCUCACCAGUCUCUCACAGACAUCUGUCUCCCCUCACCAGUCUCUCACAGACAGCUGUCUCUCCUCACCAGUCUCUCACAGACAUCUGUCUCCCCUCAAGUCUCUCACAGACAUCUGUCUCCCCUCACCAGUCUCUCACAGAUACCUGUCUCUCCUCACCAGUCUCUCACAGACAUCUGUCUCCCCUCAACAGUCUCUCACAGAUACCUGUCUCCCCUCAACAGUCUCUCACAGACAUCUGUCUCCCCUCACCAGUCUCUCACAGAUACCUGUCUCCCCUCACCAGUCUCUCCUCACCAGUCUCUCACAGACAUCUGUCUCCCCUCACCAGUCUCUCACAGACAUCUGUCUCUCCUCACCAGUCUCACACAGACAUCUGUCUCUCCUCACCAUCUCUCACAGACAUCUGUCUCCCCUCACCAGUCUCUCACAGACAGCUGUCUCUCCUCACCAGUCUCUCACAGACAUCUGUCUCCCCUCAAGUCUCUCACAGACAUCUGUCUCCCCUCACCAGUCUCUCACAGAUACCUGUCUCUCCUCACCAGUCUCUCACAGACAUCUGUCUCCCCUCAACAGUCUCUCACAGAUACCUGUCUCCCCUCAACAGUCUCUCACAGACAGCUGUCUCCCCUCAACAGUCUCUCACAGAUACCUGUCUCCCCUCACCAGUCUCUCCUCACCAGUCUCUCACAGACAUCUGUCUCCCCUCACCAGUCUCUCACAGACAUCUGUCUCCCCUCAACAGUCUCUCACAGACAUCUGUCUCUCCUCACCAGUCUCACACAGACAUCUGUCUCUCCUCACCAGUCUCUCACAGACAUCUGUCUCCCCUCACCAGUCUCUCACAGACAUCUGUCUCUCCUCACCAGUCUCUCACAGACAUCUGUCUCCCCUCACUAGUCUCUCACAGACAUCUGUCUCCCCUCAACAGUCUCUCACAGAUACCUGUCUCCCCUCAACAGUCUCUCACAGACAUCUGUCUCCCCUCAACAGUCUCUCACAGACAUCUGUCUCCCCUCACCAGUCUCUCACAGAUACCUGUCUCCCCUCACCAGUCUCUCCUCACCAGUCUCUCACAGACAUCUGUCUCCCCUCACCAGUCUCUCACAGAUACCUGUCUCCCCUCACCAGUCUCUCACAGACAGCUGUCUCCCCUCAACAGUCUCUCACAGAUACCUGUCUCUCCUCACCAGUCUCUCACAGACAUCUGUCUCCCCUCACCAGUCUCUCACAGAUACCUGUCUCCCCUCACCAGUCUCUCACAGACAUCUGUCUCCCCUCGCCAGUCUCUCACAGAUACCUGUCUCUCCUCACCAGUCUCUCACAGACAUCUGUCUCCCCUCACCAGUCUUAA